AAGACAAACAACUUGCCCUAUAUGAAAGAGCCAAUUAGCCAAACAAGCACUUGACUUGACAUGUGACCAACGAGCUUUGUCAUUCGUGCAAAAUUCGGCGGUAAAUCGGCGCCAUGUUUGAAUUUUAACUUUGUAAAAACCUUAGGGCUUUGGCUGGCGUGGUGUUUUAGUCGAGAGAAAGGUAAUGUACUUAAACGAGUUUUUCAAAAUGAGAAAACGCCGAACUAAAUCCUUUGAAAAUGUGGAAUGUUCGACUAACGUGGAUUUUAAGACAAAGCUGAAUGACUAUAGUUUUGAAGUCCAAUGGCAAAAGUCUCCUGAGAGCCCAACAAUUUUAGAAGGAAAACAAGGUUGUCAGGUGGCUUCCAGUAAGAAUGAUGACAGAACACUAGAUGUAUCAUACAUUGUUGAAAAACUAUCAAAGAAUACAUCACCUGUUGUAAAGCAUGGAAGCUCGGCACUCUUGGAAAUGUGGUUGGACAAUAUUGGCCAAGCAAAAAAUGAUAGUGAUUGCAGCAAGAAUUUGAAAUCACCACCAUUUCAACGUCGUUAUACCUCUAAAAAAUCAACAUCAACAACCUCUACUCCUUCAUUACAAAGACGAUCACUCCGACAUCAAAAGCGAAAGCUGUCCCGACAAUUUCAACUUGAGAUAAGAAAGUUAGUUGAUGAAAUCCAGUGUAGUGAUAUAAGUGCUGGGAGCAGUCAGAGUCAAAAUGAUUCACAAAACAUGACAUCCAACACUAGUUCACGUUUGAAAAAAGUGAAGAAGAGGAGUAAAUUAUCUUUGAAAAAGGUAACACCUAUGAAGCCUGCUUUAAACAACAAUGUGAACGACAAAAACUUUCAUGCCAAAGACUGUACUUUACCAACUGGUAAGAUCUCUUCUAAACCACUUAUAUGUGAAGACAACAGUUCUAUUCUUGAUAAUCAAACAUUUGAGAAUAGUUAUAAAUUGAUGGAGGAUGAUAUGGAUGAUCUGCUUUUAACCUGUCAAUUGAGCAGCUCGUCUAAUUUAACUGUAAGUGUCUCUGAUCAACCAUGUCUUAAGUGCGGUGAAAGUCCCAAUGAAAUGGGGACUCCAAAUGUACCGGAGUCAUUUUUAGCACCAAAUGCUAUUCAACAGGGGGUUUGCACAGAAAUACAAGAAACACAAAUGUUGUUUUCUGAUCAUGAAGAAGACACGGAAAUAAAUGAACGUGAGUUGAAUAGUUAUGAAACUACUGCUUAUGAACGAGAGAUUUCGGCACAAAGUGAUAACUGGUUUGAUGAUGAUGACGAUGAUCUUAUACUUGCUACUGCCGUUCAAGAAUAUGAAAAAUCACAAGACCUUCAUGUAAAAGGUAUUAAGAAUGCUGCUGUGGAAGUAAAAAAGAAUAAAAUAAAAGAUGAGAUUCAUCGUCAGCUAUCGUCAGGGGAAAAAGAUCAAAAAUUGGAAUGUGAUAAAAAAGUUUCAAAUGGGUCAUCUAAACAUCCUUCAUUACUCCAUCAAAGUUCGACUUCAAAAUCCUUCAACGCGUUGAACAUAGCAUCAAAAAAUGAAAAGAAUAAAAUACAAUACAACACAUGCAAAUAUUCUGACCAUGUUUCUAAAAACAACAAUGAUCGUUAUUUCACAAACAUCAAAAGUUUCACGCUUGUUAACGAUACCACGUCAUCUCCUUUACAAAGUAUCUCUGGAAACGUAGUUCCUAAGGCUACGAAGAAAUAUGGGAGUCGUGAGAUGGAAAAGAAAAUGAAAGCGAGUGAUUCGAAGGAUUUUGAAGAAGCGAAAAGAAAAAUAAAGAAAAGUUCAAGUAAAAUUCACAGUGAUUUAAAGGAAUUUGAAUUUUGUAACGAUGAUGAAUUGGACGAUUUGUUGGACAAUAUUAAUUUUGACGAAGUACUGUUCAGUGCAAUCAAGGAUACACCGUUAACCACCGCAAACUGCAAGAUAUCCCCUGCAAACCCCAACUGUCAAGUAACGACCCCUAAAAUUUCCACCAAGAUAUUCACGAGUGAUGAAAUCGAGAAAAAAAGACUCGAAGCUCAAAGGAGACGCCUUGAGAAGGCCAAACAGAAACGUCUUACACUAUCUAAUAAAUUGAGAUAUUCCAAGAAAUCGUAACACGCGAUCUAAAGUGGGAAUCUUCAAUGUGGAAAUGGUUAUUUUUACUGAAUAAUUGCGUAUGUUGUAAGUUAUGUUGAUUAAUCGGUGGCAAACGACUUAUGUACAGUUUCUCAAAUUGUGGUAAAAUUCUGCGAAAGUAAAAAAAAUGUAAAACAAAUUUGUAAAGAUCAACUAUUAUAUGUGUACUGCAACUGUGUUAACUACUUUA